AUGCAGAUCUACGGCGCGAGCGGGACCGACGGCGGCGUCUUUGGCUGCUCGGUCAGCGCGAGCAACCGCAACUACACCGGGUGGUGGAACGCGUACGGAGCGAGCAACACGUACAAGCCGUUCCAGGGCUCGUGCGCGAUGCAGGGCCUCGGCUGGGACGACCACACGGUCCAGCUUGUCAACUCGCCUUAUCAACCCGGCAAGAUCUGGUUCACCGGCCUUCGCUACUCGACCAACAAGACCGAGAUCCCAUGGGAGACGCACUCGUGGGACGCGUGCUGCGCCGGCUACACGUUCCCGGACGGCGUCGCGACGACCGUCGAGAGCAAGCCGACCGCGACGGGCUCGAGCGGGUCGACGCUCGCCGGCAUGAGCUCGGGGACGGCUCUCUUCGUCGUCUGCGGGCUCGGUGCCGUAGUCGUUCUCGCCUCCUUACUCGUCGCAAUGAUGUGCUGCAAAAAGCGUCCCGCCGCCGACGACGCCGGGCCCAAGAACGCUCUGCGAAAAGCGCUCGACAGCGACUCGGACGAUUCGGAAGAGUCGCAGCCUCUGCACGGCAAGAAUCGCAGCCUCGGGCGGCGACGGCGCCACAGCGACGACGAGUCGCGCACGAGUGGGACGAGCAGCAGUCAGAGCGGCAGCGGGAGCGAGGACAUGGGCGAGAAGAAGAGGAGGAGGAAGAGGAAGCGGCACGGCGGGUAG